AUGGAGGAGGAGAAGAAGCCAUCUCAAAGGAUCACUAAGAAGGAUAGCAGCGGCGGAGCAGACGACGGAAAUGAAGACGAUGAUUUGGUGUUCCCUGGCUUCAGGUUCCAUCCAACUGAUCAAGAGCUCGUGGGGUUCUACCUGAAGAGGAAAGUGGAGAAGAAGGGCUUCAGUUUUGACAUCAUCAGGGAGAUCGAUAUCUACAAGCAUGACCCCUGGGAUCUUCCAAAUGAAGCUCGGCAUAUUGUGCAAGACUCAGGAGACAAGGACUGCUACUUCUUCUGCCUGCGUGGCCGGAAGUACAGGAACAGCAUCCGGCCCAACCGCGUCACUGGCUCUGGUUUCUGGAAGGCCACCGGCAUCGACAAGCCCAUACAUGAUGGUGCCGGCGAGCGCGUCGGUCUCAAGAAGUCCCUCGUCUACUACUACCGCGGCAGCGCCGGCAGGGGCACAAAGACUGACUGGAUGAUGCACGAGUUCCGACUCCCCUCUACGGAGUGGAUUGAGCUCCAUGAUGCUGAAAUCUGGACGAUAUGCCGAAUCUUCAAGAGGAGCACGUCCUACAACCGGAGGUGCCAGCAGCAGCAGAAGCAGGAACACGGCAGCAAGAGAAGCCAUCCCCACCACCAGCAGUUGCAGUACUACUAUGACUACUACCGCUACCACCAGCACCAUUGCUUGCACUCAUCCGAGGCAGCUUAUGCUGCAACUGAGCACCACCAGCCGUUCCUGCUGCGCGGUUUCCAUGGCUCGUCGUCGUCAUCGGCCGAGAUGACGACAAUGACGUCGUCAUCAGGAUUCAUGGGAGUGGGAGCUCCAUUGCUACCGUCGACAUCGACAUCGACUCUCGGGUGGAGCGAUGUGACGUGCUUAAAGGACAGUGGCAGCACCUGGGACGAGCUUGGGAGGAUCAUGGAGUUCUGA